CCAAACCUCAAGAUUCGUCGCCGUCUUCUCCUUGGCGCUCCAAGGCUGCACGCACGCAAAGCUAGUUCUUGAGCAGCCCUGGCGACGGCGGAGGCGGUGUCUCCGGUGGGCACCGGUGGUGGACGCCGGCGGCGCGUGCUGAUGUUCCCGCUGCCGUUCCAGGGCCACCUCACCCCGAUACUGCAGCUGGCCGGCACCCUGCACGCGGCGGGCGUGCCGUCGGCCGACCUGCUCUCGUCCGGCAGCGACGCGGACUUCGCCGGCACACUGCUGUGGAUCAACGACCGCCUCUGGGAGCCGUUCCGGGACCGCCUGCGCCAGGCGUUCGCCGAGGAGAAGGAGGGCGGCGGGGCGGUGGCAUGCCUGGUGGUGGACUCCAACCUGCGCGGGAUGCAACUGGCUGCGGAGGAGCUCGGUAAGGGAGCCGGGUCCUGCAGCAGGCCCGUGGCCCCGCGACCCGGCCUACGUUGCGCGCCUGCCGCCUCCCGUUGCAAGGGAUCCACGCCCAAACAAGCAGGCAUGUGCUGGCAAUCGGAUCAUGGCGAGAAUUUGAAUAUAAACCACCACAGGCAGUCAUCUUCUUCCUCCCGCUCAGUCUGUUCCUCUUUUGGCCGAGUUCCUCUGUUCGUCGAAAUUCAUCGCCCUCUCUUCGAUCCAAUCAAAUUCCUUGCACUCUCAUCCUUCUCACACUCCCACGAACCCAUUCGAUCGAAUCCCAACCCCUGCCAUCCCUUGUCACCGACAAGCAUCGAGUUUUCGUCACCUCCGUCUGUCGUCGUGCCGUAUAGGUCUGAUUUUUGGGGAACAAACUUCAAAAUAUAUGACAGCCAGCCACCCUAUGAUGGUGCGAAGGCGUCAAGCACGCGAUCUAUUCGGCGUUUUGGAAGCAGGCGAAUCAGUCCUCAAGUAUCGUCAGGGAAUUUUGAUGUUGGACAGGUUUCCUACAAAUGCAACCUGCUCAAAUCCAGUGGGCCUAGGAGGAUGUUUUGCGCCAUGGAGUGUCCCUCAGUUCAAGAGACCUGGGAGAAUUCCCUCAAGGUGAAGUCUCUAAGGCGAACGGGUACCACUGUCCUCAGAAACAAAGCCCCACGGUGGCACGAGCACUUGCAAUGCUGGUGCUUGAACUUCCAUGGGCGGGUGACAGUUGCAUCUGUCAAGAAUUUCCAGCUGGUGGCUACAGCCGAUCCGAGCCAUCCUGACAGCGUCGGGGAUGAGGAAACUGUUCUCCUGCAGUUCGGUAAGGUUGAUAGUGAUUUCUUCACUAUGGAUUAUCGCCAGCCGCUCUCAGCGUUUCAGGCGUUCGCCAUCUGCCUUAGCAGCUUUGGGACAAAGCUAGCUUGUGAGUAACAAUUUUGUUCGGAGUUCUUCAUGUCACAGAAUAGCUACAUACUUCAGCCAGUUGAAUCUGCCGGCGCUCUUCUGGUGCUGUUACCACAAUGGCUUCCGCUGUCAGAGUUUACCUCAUUUUCUUCCGUUUUGGAUCAAGGAACGGUUUCGGCCGUGUACGAUCAUUGUGCGGAGUUGUUUCUGGGACGAAAAAUUUAUGUAGGAUUAGCUUUUGUUGGGAAUUGAAAAAGGAAAAGGGCCUCUUGUAUGGAGCUACCAUUUUUCCCUUUUCUUUGAGAGCCACCGUUUUAUUUUUUUU